AGGAGGAGGAGGAGGAGGAGAGGACAAGGGCAAUAGAAAGAAAAUAAAAGAAGCACCUGGCAGCUUCUAUUUCGGUUGCACCAAAGGACUGCUCUGAUGGAGAAGCGGUCUAGACUAUUUUGAUGGUCAAUUUGGAGCUUGGCACAAAUACCAUGGGCAAGAAGCUAGACCUCUCUGGUUUGACGGAUGAUGAAGCUGAACACGUCCUAAAGGUUGUCCAGCGGGAUUUUGAUCUGCGAAAGAAGGAGCAGGACAGACUAAGCGAGCUGAAGCAGAAACUAAGCGAAGAAGGCAACAAGCGCAGCAUCCUUUCUAAGCAGGAGAAGUUCAAUGAGACUUGCUGUAUCCGCUGCUGCAGACCCUUUACCUUUCUCAUCAACACCAAGCGCCCAUGCUUAGACUGUAAGUUCAACAUCUGCAAGAACUGUGGCACAUACAGCAAGAAAGACAAGAUCUGGAUCUGCACAGUCUGUCAGCAGACUAGGCUCCUGAGGACCCAGUCCUUAGAAUGGUACUACAAUAAUGUCAGAGGCAGAUUCAAGCACUUCGGCAGCGCUAAAGUGGUUCAGACUUUGUUCAAGAAACGUCUCGCAGAGAGGGGGUGUCAGUCAGACUUACUAGAAGGCAGUAUUCUUGACGGUAGCCAGGAGAAUGAAGACAGCAUCUGUGGCAGUGACUCCACAUUCUACAGACAAAGUGAAGGUCACACUAUGACUGAAACCCUCAGUGUGGCUCUGCGGGUGGCAGAAGAAGCAGUGGAAGAGGCAAUCACCAAGGCAGAAUCCUUCAGCGAUUGUUUGGAAAAGCAGAACGAGAGCCGGUACCUGCGAGAACACAAGGAGGAACUGAUAGAAGAACUUGCUGCUACUAUAGUGCAAAAGGUAAUAAAGAGGAAGAAGUCUGUAAUUGCCCUGACAGACUCUGAAUCUGAACGUCCACAUUCGGGGAACAGUACCUCUACCUACCAGACUGCUAGCAAGGAAACCCCUCUGCCCCGCCGGGAAAGCUGCACCAGGAUGCCUAGCCUGUGGAGAUCUCACUCUGAAUUCUCACUGACUACUGAGGAGACCCUAAGUAAAGAGAUAGCAGAGGCCAACUUAAAAUCCACCAUUUCGGAGGUUAUGUGGAAACAGGGACAAAGCCAACCAUCAGAAAGUGCUGAUCUGCGACCCCGUUCACUGCCAAGCUGGAAAAGCCUGGACGUGCUGGAUAAUAAUGCAGGUUCCUCAAAUAUGUUGACCAGUCCUGAUGGGAACUGGAUAGCCAUGCUGUCCAACACUCCUGCUGCCCGCCCUCGACUACUGACCAAGCCAAAGAGCAGAGCAUUUAUGGCACUGGAGAGUGAGGCAGAAGUCAUCUCUGCCUAUGAUGAGAUGGGGACGGAUGAUGAUGAUGAUGAUGAUGAUGAUGAUGAGAUUGCUUGGAGCUCAGCUGUCCCUGAAUUUAGGCGGCUUUCUGGGAAAUUAUCAGACAAAGUCUAUUACAUGGAUUCUCAGCAUGAUGACGAGUGGCCAGAGGCCAAUGCAAGACACCGAUUAAUGACCUCACCAUCGUCAGGGCAAUACACCAAUACAGAGACCACAUACUCGGACUCGGAGACAUCCUCUGCUAGUUCAGUCAAGAUCUCUGCCAGAGGGUCAGACGAACAAGCUGUGACAGAUGACAAUACCCAGUAUCCACAUUGCAGAGAUCAGAAGAGGGUGAUUGCCCUUCACUCUGGGGAGCCGGACAUUAACUACAACUCGCAGGCACAGCGACUUGGGGCAGUGGACAGCAGUGAAGCCGAGGACGUUCCAAAUGAUUCCGAGAAGAGGCAUCGGCGUAGGAAGAGGAGUAAAUGUUCAGCUCAGGAGCAGCUGUAUGAAGCAGAGAGUAACUCGAAUAGCCGAGAAUCGCAGACUAAAAACACGUGCCAGGAGCUGAGCAGGUGCAUGUUCGAUAUGGAGCAAAGCCUUGCAAGGAUGGAAAGAAGAGUUAGUUUGGGGGCCUGGACCAGAGAGGAGCCUUCCAUCCCUGCACAUGCUCAAAUCCCAAAGGGUAAAUCUGAUCUGGAUAUAAGCAAAGGAACUACACACACUAAAACCCAUGCAGAUGUAAUGGAAGAGAAGCUGAGAUCAAAGUUGGUUGAACUAGCUACAAAACUAAGUGACAGAGAAUCAUCGUCUGGUGAUGAGCUGGAUCAAGAGACAACCAAGGAAGCUCGGGAGAGGGAGGAUACAUCCUCAUCUGAUGAAGACCACAAACAAAUUCAGGAUGAACUUGUGAGAAAAUACUCUGCUGUCUCUCUCUGCAACAUCACAACAGAGGCCUUGAAAGUCAUCAAUGCCACUGAAGAUCUGAUCGGUGCAGCCACAGGGGGAGGUAGUUCACUCUCGGAGUCACGUGAUCUGGAUCAAUUUCCGACAGGGAAAGAGGCAAUGAAACUGGAAGAACAUCUCUCAAAACUAGAGGAAAAUGUGUACCUGACAGCAGGCACAGUUUACAGUCUGGAAGGGCAAUUGAAUGACCUGGAGGACUGUGCACGUAGUAUUCACAGUAUAACCACUGAGACAGAAUUAGCCGAUCUGGAAGACCAAGUGGCCACAGCCGCUGCACAAGUUCACCAAGCAGAGCUCCAGGUUUCAGAUAUCGAACGCAGGAUCUCUGCCCUGAAUGUAGCAGGGUUGAAUGUGGCUCCCUGUGUACGAUUGCUGAAGAAACACAAUCAAUCUGGCAUGAAGCCAGAGACCAUUGACUCUUCGAGGCAACAAAGAAGAAAGCUUCCAGCACCACCGAAGCAAGGAGACGUGGUUAACAAUGUUCCUGUCGUAUCCAUCAGGACAUUCCACAGGAAUGGCAUGUUCCAAGAAGCUCCUCCACCACAAAUGCCGAAGGGAGAUGCAAGCACUGUUACUAAUCCAGCAGUAAGCUUUUCCAGUUCUUGCAAUCUACUGUUACUGAGCAUGUGA